AUCAUUUAAAUGGCACAUUCCCAUAGUGUCUUCCAAUUGGAAGCGCUGACACAGCACUUUGUUGGUCAGCGUGUUGUUGUACUCGUUGGGACAUGGCUUUUGAUCACCACAACAAAAGGGCAAGCUGCUUGAAUAAAGGGGAACCGACUGUCUUUUGGGAAAUGUGUGCGAGUCUUUUUUUUCUCAGCUCGUUUUGGGAUUUGCUGGUUGGUGACAUGCCUCCCUCCGCCUGGCUCCUUAUAGUGCCGGACCCGGUUAGGGAGGUAGGAAUUCUAGCCGAGUCGAAUGGUACGGACAUCGCCGACAGAGACCGCAAACACGGAGCACUCCCGUUAAACACGGUCUUAUGACUGAGAACCCGCUCAAUCUGCUGGCUACUCAAGGAGCAGACAGGAGUAGCCUACAAACACCGGGAUAGGAGAGGGGGAACAUACGCGCACACAAGCUCUCCAGACGGAUAUUUGGCGAUAACUGCCUGGAAUUGGAACGGAAAACCAAAAUAAUUGUAGUCUUUCUCUGUACCUGUCUUCCAGUGACCCCAUCUCUGCGGACCCGCCAACUCUGACAUCAUCAGCUCUAUUUUACCUUUGACCCUGCACCUCCAAGGCCAUGUGUCGCCUGUCGAUGACCUCACUAUUCGUCUGCUUCUGGUUGGUGGGGAGGGGUCAGUGUGACGCUAGCUUUCAGGACUCCAUGGGAGAGCUGCACACAGAGUUCGCGGUCAGACUCUACCAAACGCUCACCGAGACGGAGAAUAACUCCAACCUGAUGGUGUCGCCGCUGAGCGUCUCGCUGUCCUUGGGACUUCUGCAGCUGGGCGCCCGCGGCAACACGCUGGCACAACUGGAGGCGGCACUGGGAUAUGACGUCAACGACAUGCAGGUGCAGGACUUCCUGUUGCGGUCGCAGGGGGACGUGGGUAACUCCAGUCACGGGGUGCGGCUCCAACAGGCCUGCGCCCUAUUCAUCCAGACCGGCGUCCAGCUCCUUCCUGUUUUUACCCAGCAUGCAGCAGCCCUGAGCAACAGCAGUCUGGUCCGAGCCAACUUCAGUCAGCCCAACCACACCCACAGCCAGCUGCAACAGUGGGGACGCAACCACGGAACCGGUGAGCUGCUCCAGUCCGGUGGCAGCGGGGGGCUGUUUGGGUCUGGCAAGGCCCAGGGAGAGGCCUCGUUGUGGGGCAAGCGGCUGCAGAUGGCCCUGGUCAACACAGUAAACUUCCGGGGAGUGUGGCAGAAACAUUUCCUCUUCACUGAUACCCAGAACCUUCCCUUCACCCUGUCGGACGGCAGCACUAUCAAGGUGCCCAUGAUGCACCAGGCCACAGAGGUCAACUUUGGUCAGUUCCGCACCCUGUCAGACCAGCGUUACACAGUCCUGGAGCUGCCGUACCUGGGCCACUUCUUCAGUCUGCUGGUGGCUCUGCCCAGUGACAGGAAGACACCUCUGUCCUCGCUGGAAUCCCAGAUAACCCCCCGCGCUGUGGCCACUUGGGACACUGGCCUCCGCAGAACCAAGAUGGAUGUCUUCCUCCCCAGGUUUAAAAUGCAGAAUAGGUUCAACCUGAGGUCGGUUUUGCCGUCAAUGGGGGUCAGUGACGCCUUCAACCCAAUGACAGCAGACUUCACUGGCAUCUCAGCGGAGGAAGACCUGUAUGUGUCAGAUGCCUUUCAUGAGGCCAGGAUAGAGGUAACAGAGGACGGGACCAAGGCAGCUGCAGUAACAGCUAUGGUGCUACUCAAACGAUCCCGAGCUCCCGUCUUCAAAGCAGACAGACCUUUCUUCUUUCUCCUGCGACAAGUCAGCACAGGAUCUGUUCUAUUUAUGGGGCGCGUGGUGAAUCCAGCUGAACAGGCGCCCUAGGACCCCCUUGCCCCCCAUUCUAGGACCUCCUUACCCCCUCCACCAUUCUAGGACCCCCUUACCCGCACCACCACCCUAGGACUCCCUUACCCCCUCCACCAUUCUAGGACCCCCUUACCCCCUCCACCACCCUAGGACUCCCUUACCCCCUCCACCACCCUGGGACCCCCUUACCCCCUCCACCACCCUAGGACCCCCUUACCACCACCACCCUGGGACCCCUUUACCACCACCACCCUGGGACCCCCUCCACCACCCUAGGACCCCCUUACCCCCUCCACCACCCUGGGACCCCCUUACCACCACCACCCUGGGACCCCCUCCACC